GCGCGUUCGCAGUUGCCGGGGGUGCGGGACAGCGCUGCGCGGCAGCAGCAUGGUCCGGGGACUCUUUCCCCUACUCCUCGUGGCGGCCUUGAUUAUUGAAACACGGUGCAAAAAUGAGACUGAAGCUCUAAUACGCAUAGCAUACAAUAAAUUAAUUACAAGGAGGAUCAUUGCUAAGAGGGAAGUUUAUUGUAACUGGAAUGAAUAUGAUCUAGGUGUUCAGUGUUGCAAGAAAUGUGAACGUGGUUUUGUUAAAAAUAUCGCCUGUCCAACAGAUAUUAGCAAACACUGUGUUCCGUGUGAAAAUGGAAAGGAGUACAUAGAUCAUGCGAAUGAUUUGGCCAAGUGUUUGAGGUGCUCUUCAUGUGACAGCAUAUUUGGUUUGGAGGUUGCAAAGAACUGUACGCCAACACAGAACACGAAAUGCACCUGUGCGAAGAACCAUUUUUGCAAUUCUUCUGUACCAUGUAGGCAUUGCGAUCCAUGUACCAUAUGUGAAAGCGGUGUAAUUGAAAAACAAUGUACUUCAACUUCAGACACUGUGUGCGGAAUGAAAGAAACAGGAGUGCUGUGGUGGGCCAUUCUUUUGGUAAUUCUGUUACUACUUCUAACAGCUGGAGGAAUAUACUUUGCGUACAGGAGAAAACAGAACAGUAUUAACAGCAAGAAGAGCCUCAAUGACGACAUGCCCAAACCAGACAUUUCUGAUGAGAUUGUACCUCUCAAACAAGAUGUUGACUUGAGCAACCAUAUUGCUGAUAUUGUGGAGGAGCUGACACUCGACCAAACAUUGAAAUUUGUUCGUUACCAGAAAGUAUCAGAAACUAAAAUAGAUGAGAUUUGUCAUGAUAAUAAUAAUACAUGUGAACAGAAGAUCCAACUUUUUCGAGCCUGGCUUCAAAAACAUGGGAUGGAACAAGUCUAUGAAACCCUAAUAAGAAGCCUGAGAAAGCUUGAGAUGCGCGCUGUAGCUGAUAAAAUUGAAAGAAAACUGCAGGCAGCUGUUUCCAACUCUGAGUAAAGGGGGAUAGUUGUACAAUGAUGACACUCAGCAAAGCAACACAGGGAGCACUCAGGAAGGUAGAAACUCUAGAAUGACAGUGCUGAUCUAAAUAAAACCUAUUCUGGUAGUUUGGAAGAGACAUGGCACAGAGUCAUUUGACUGAAUUGGUAUUUUUCUAAAAAUAGAAAUAAGAAAGCUUUGAAUGCCAUUUUCAUUGGCAGUUCUGGUUGAUUCAAGGAAGUUAUAAUGUGAACAAGGAGUAAUUACGAUUUUUGUAGCAAUAUCUCUCCUUUUAAAAAAAGGAGGGUUUUGGUUAUUAAGAACUGGGAGGAGAAGUUUUAUAGCUUGCUUACUAAAAGGUACUGUACAAGUGUCCAGCUAUAGGAAGAAGAAAUAAUGAUAUGGUAUGGUCCUGUGCUACGUAAGUGAUGUCAUGUUUUGCUUACAUGAAACUCGUGGGAUGUUGCAUUUUUCAAAGUGAAAUUUCUGGUGUUCAGAUUUAUGAAACAUACCAUAAAGAAUACUUGAACAAAAAAAAAAAAGUCAAUUAUCUAAUACACACCUGAUUAGUUUUGAAUAGCAUUGAGUUACAAAGGUGUUGCUGUGUAAUUAAAUUCUAGGCUACUGUAAAUGGGAUUUCUCCCUUCCAUAAAAGCAGCUCUGUAUGUGUAUACGGAGUUUUGUAUAUGUGUGUGUGUAUUUAUGUGUAUAUACAUUGCAAGUUUUCCAUGUAAAAGCUCCCAGUGCCAAAUAAAAGUUAUUUUCCUCAUGCUCUGCAAUGAUUUGCAAGCCUUUUCUAAUGCUAAAAGCCUGCAAAGAAGCAAGAGCUGAAGCAGCACAGCAGAGCCAUGAUUUUUGGAAGGCAACCUGCAGAAGCUAUGAGGUCUCCAUAAGCAAAUGUGCAACACUAGCUCUUCUAAGGCAGGAACUGAUAUAAUGAAAAUGUCAUUGUCAUUAAAUAAAAAAUCCACAUAGUG